AUGCCAAAACGUAAAAUCAUUCACACAGAGUUUUCCACGCAGCUCCGCAGACCCGACUCGCUCGGCAUAGCUAUCCGGCGGCGCCUCGUACACGGCGCCCCUGUAGAUCUCCAGCACCGACACCAGCGGCAGCAGCAGCAUGAGCAGCGACAGCAGCUGCCCGAAGCUCCAGUCCUGCUCGCCCCGGUCCCGCAGCGGCACCGACGGCGCCCCGAACGCCUGGCUCAGGACGAUGAUGCGCGCCGUCGCGCCGAUCGCGAUGGCCGCCAUCAGCGCCGUGCCCACCAGCUGCGCGGCGCGGUAGAACCUCGGCCGCCGCUGGCCCGCGGCCGCGCCGUGCAGGUACCACGUCGCCAGCGCGAAGACGACGCAGUUGCCCGCGAUCACGGCCCCCGUGCCGACGUACAUGAGCCCCGCGUUGGGCGCCGCGCGGCCGUCGUCCCCGGCCGCGCCGUAGUCCCAGACGCAGGCGAUGGGCAGCGUCGGCGCCAGGUCGCGCCGGACGCUCUGCAGGACGUAGGCGCCGUAGACGGUGCUGAGCGCGAGGUUGACGAGCAUGAGGGCCUGGCGCAGCCAGCGCAGGACCCAGUCGCGGCGGAAGUCGCGCACGAGGACCAGCAGCGUCGCGUUGUGCACCGCCAUGGACAGCAGCGACAGCAUCCAGACGAGGAAGAAGUGGUAGGGCACGAGGGUCGCCGCCUUGGCCAGCCCCACGCUCUGGAUGCCGAUGCCCGUCAUGAUCUGCUGGUCCGAGUAGCUGCUGAGCAGCUUGCGCCGGAUCGUGUGCUGCGGCCGGCGGCGGCGGCAACCACCGUCGCCCUGGGAUUUUGGCAGGCGGUCGUCGUCGUCUUGUUCCGGACAUGUGACCAGGCUGUCCUGGAUGAUGAGCGAGGCGCUCAUGACCAGCACCAGGCCGGCUGUGAAGAUGAAGGAGAGAAGGACCUGAGCAUAUAUCACUGUCAGUGCUGA